UAUUUUCUCUCUCUCCUCAGUCCUCAUCCAUGGCCAUCUGUUAGAAGCGUCGUGCAUAUAGCUAUACUGAAAUCUAGGGCAUUGUUGUGCUCUGCCUCGUUUUCUUCGAGACAGAGAUUUACGUAUAAUCAUAUUGUCACGUAUAAAUGUUAUAUGUGUAUAUAUAUGUUCAUAGAUUCUAUCCAUAUUUAGAUAUAUAGAUAAAUAUAUAUAUAUAGCCGUAUUUGCGCAUUGUUGGGAGAAUGCCGGCGUUAAAUUGGUUCGACAAGUUUCUCUUCUCUGCAAGCAGAGCGUGUUGUACUCCGCUCGCGAUUUUUGUUCAGAUCCAGGGAUAUGUAAUUUGCUUAGUCCUUGCCCUUGGAUGGGCUUGUGCUGCUUAUGUAAGGAAUAGAGAGAUUAAAAGGAUGAAGCAUAGGAUGAAAUGUGGCAACUGCUUUGCAUUUCUCUGUGAGGAUAUUAAUGAGCUUGAGCAUUCUAAUCAGGUCAACUUGCCAAGAGUGACUAUUGUUAUGCCUUUAAAAGGUUUUGGAGAACAUAACCUACACAACUGGAGAAGUCAGAUCACAUCUCUUUAUGGUGGUCCAUUGGAGUUUCUUUUUGUUGUAGAAAGUGAAAAAGACCCAGCUUAUAGUGCUGUAAAGCAAUUACUGGAUGAUUAUCAGGAUGAAGUUGAUGCGAAGAUUGUUGUUGCGGGUCUGUCAACAACUUGUAGCCAGAAGAUUCACAAUCAGUUGGUGGGAGUGCAGACAAUGCAUAAAGACACCAAGUAUGUAUUGUUCCUUGAUGAUGAUGUAAGGUUGCAUCCUGGUUCUAUUGGAGCACUCACUGCUGAGAUGGAAAAGAAUCCUGAGAUCUUCAUUCAGACGGGAUACCCUCUUGAUUUGCCUUCUGGAAGUCUGGGAAGCUACUGCAUUUAUGAAUAUCACAUGCCAUGUUCAAUGGGAUUUGCUACUGGUGGAAAAACAUUCUUCUUGUGGGGGGGAUGCAUGAUGAUGCAUGCAGAUGAUUUUAGAGAAGACCGCCAUGGUGUUGUUUCACAACUUCAAGAUGGGGGCUACUCAGAUGAUAUGACACUUGCAGCUAUAGCUGGGGCACAUAAAAGGCUUAUCACAUCGCCCCCUGUCGCAGUAUUUCCUCAUCCUCUAGCAACUGAUCUUACCUUUCCAAGAUACUGGAAUUAUUUAAGAAAGCAGACAUUUGUUUUGGAGUCAUACGCAACAAAUGUUAACUGGAUUAUGAACCGUGCAUUAUUUACUUCCCACUGCUAUCUGUCAUGGGGAUUUGUAGCUCCAUUUGUCAUGGCUGGAUUUCAUGUUGCUGCAGCAGUAAGACAAUAUUUGAAAGGCUAUUCUCCUGAGGAAAUUGUCAUCUCAGGCAGGGGGUUGUUACUUGCUGGCUGCCUUGCCAUAUGCACAAUAAUUGAACUCCUUUCCAUGUGGAACUUAACAAGAAUAGAGGUUCAAUUGUGCAAUCUACUGUCUCCUGAGGCUACUCCACUAUCAUUGGCUUCUUAUAACUGGUUUCUGGUAUUUAUUGCGCUGGUGGUAGACAAUUUCUUAUACCCUGUCUCUGCAUUCCGUUCACAUUGUUCUCAGUCCAUCAAUUGGUCUGGGAUUCGGUAUCAUUUAAAGGAUGGAAAGAUAAGAAAGAUUGAAAGACGCAAGGAUAUUGUUCCCAAGUUUUCAGAUUUGGGGGGCAAGAAGUUGCGAUGGAAAGGAGAGAAGGGUUCAUUUUUUCGCUUCCUCCAGAAGCGCGGCCCUUUAGCACCCGCCAAAGAAAUAUGAUGUUUAGAAAGAGGCUUAAACAACUGUAAGUUAUGUGAUUCUUUUGGUCCUUGAUUCUGUCACUCGUGGCGUGGUGAGCAAGGAAGUGCAGGAGCAAGUUAUUAUUAUUAUUAUUAUUAUUCUUAAUUUAUUAUUAUUAUUACUAUUAUUAUUGUGGAACUAUUUUUGAGCUUUAGGGUUCAGCAGCAAUAGGAUUAGAGAUGGUUGGUUAUAGUGUGGCGAUUAGAUUCAUCGAUUGAUUGAAUUCCAAACCUCACGUUGUUGGGCUGAUUAUUUAGAUGUAAUUUAGUCUGUGUUCAAAAUUCAAAACAUCGAUGUAAUUUUAGUAGACUUUUGAAUUCUAUUUAAAAAAAAUGAUUGAUUGAAAA